AUGCACUUACGAUUCUACUCAGUUGAUUCCAAGCCAGAACCAAGGAUAAAUCCACAUACAGUGUUUUAUCGACAAUUUUCCAAACCAUUUAUAAAGAUUUGUGCACUUUCACUUGGGACGUAUUAUGGAUUGAUAUAUACAUGGGAAUAUUUAGAAAAGAAGAACAAUGAACGAGAGAUUAAGUAUGAAAGUGAUCAUGAUUAA